AUGCUCGGGAAAUCCUCGUUAAAUUCCAAGAUCCCAAUAAGAGAGAGAGAUUUCAACUACUCGAUGAAGCUCAGCCGGAUAACCCUGAGCAUCAUCGGACUCUGGCCAUUCAGAGAGAAUAUCCGCUGCUCCAACUUCAAGUUCGUCGUCAUCCUGGUCUCCAUCCUGAUGACGCUUCUGAGCUCGCUGACGUUCGUCUAUCAGACCGACGACGACGACAAGAUGUUCCACAGCCUUAUCAACAGUCUCUACAUGCUGAUGACUCUGGUGAAACUGCUGAUGAUGCGCUGCAAGAACGACAAGCUCGAGGUCAUCCUGAGCGAGAUGAGGAUCGACUGGAGGAAGUACGAGAGGUUCUCCGACGGGAACAAAAGGCUGGUUGACCUGUACACCGGCAAGGCAAGGACUUCCAGUUUCGUGUGCAUAUUUUUCAUGGAGUUUUCCAUCACGACGUACUUCAUUUCGAGGGUAGCCUACGCCCUCCAGCAACCGGCGAAAAUCCGAGAGUGGGAUCUGCCCUACACGGCAGUUUAUCCGUUCGAGGUGACGUCGUCGCUCUUCGUGCCGAUGUACCUGUGGCAGGUGUUCUCGGCCAUGUGUCUCGGCUCCGUGACCAUUUCCAUCGACUGUCUUCUUGUGACGACGGCUUGUCACGCGACUGGGCAACUGGCUGCGCUUUGCGAGAAUAUCAAGAGCUACGGACAUGAGCAAAGACAUCGAGAUGAGACUCUGAGCUCGGAAAUCGAAUGCUCCUGCAUCAGGUGCAUCAUCGAGAGACACGUCGAUAUCGUCAGAUACUGCAGACUGGUCGAAGACGCGUACAACCUCAUACUGUUGACGGAAUUCAUUGGGACUACCUUUCAAUUCUGUCUGCAAAUGUACAUCAUCGUCGAGCACUCCCAUGAUAAAAACAUCGUCGGCUUACUAUCCUUCUGCAUCUACCUUCUCGUCUUCAACUUUCGACUGUUCAUGUACUGCAACGUGUUCGACGCCAUGGUCGAGAUGGGCGAGAAGGUAGGAGCGAGCGCGUACGACAUCAGUUGGUACGAUUUUCAUCCGGAAGCCGUUCGACAGCUCAUGUUCUGUAUUCUGCGAGCCAACAAACCUCUGAACGUAACGGCUGGAAAGUUUUUCAGUUUGAAUCGAAAUAGUUAUAAAAAUGUGAUUAUGACGUCUUCAUCCUAUGCGUCCGUUUUGUUGUCAAUAAAGUGA